AUGAAGGUCACCUCCAGCUCGUCCUUCGUCUUCGCCGCCGCCCUUGCCGUCUCCGCGUCCUCCUCGGCACUGGCUGCUCCCACCGCCGACGCUCCCGACUACUCCCCCGGCAAGGACAGGUCGGCGGUAGAGUACCCUUCGAAGGCUUACUCAGACCACUAUGACGACAAGUACUCCGACAAGUACCAGUACCAUGACGAGUACGAGCACUCGCAAUACCGCCGACAGCUUCCCAUCCUGGACCUCGUCGGUCUUCUGGGCAGCAUCCCUGCCGUCGGUGGCCCCCUCGAAGGUCUCGUCAAGACGAUCUUGUCCAUCCUCAACCUGCAGCAGAAGCCCGCUGGCGGCGUCCAGGCCGAGAACGCUGCUAGUGCGCCCAGCCCGGCCCAGCUCUCCGCCCUCAUCACCGCCCUUGCACAAGCCCACUCGCAAGUCGUCUCUCUCAGCGGCCUCCCCGCUGAAGACAGCGCGAUGGCACCUCCAACUCGAACGCGUUGA